CUGGCGAACAGUAAAAGAAGACGCCGUGCGUAAACAGCUUGGCGUCAUGGAUCCAAGUUGCUCUGGCGAAGAAGAAGAUGAUGAUGUGAACCACAGUUGAACUCACAUUUAAUGUCACUGUUGGCUUCGUGAGUAAACGUUUACGCAAAUUAAGGGGCUGUCAUCACCCUAAUGUCACUGCUUAGCUGAGGGAGAAGCAACUGAAACACAACCAGGUGUUGUUUUUAUCCACAAAAUGGAGGAGGAGGAGGAGGAGGAGGGGGAAGCGGCGCUGGCGAGCUACUGCAGAGCGAUGGUCGCUCGUGUCCGACUCCAGCAGCAGCAGCAGCAGCAGCGUCAGUCGUCGGGAGAGGGGGCGAGCAGGAGAAACAAUCCCGGAGGAGGCACAGGCAGGACUGGGAGGGAGGGAGAGGUUGAAGCGGGGGGCGCGUCGGGGGGGCGCGGGGAGAUUGGCCUCCCUCUCCCGGGCUGCACAGGACGGGAGAGGCAGCAGCCCUCCCCCGGUCUCGUGUGUCAAGGUCCCGAGGUUCGGCCCGUCCCCCUUCGACUCGUCUCCAUGCUGCGGCUCAAAACGUUCAAGGAGGAGGCGAAGCGGGCGGCAGAGGUGGAGCUCCAUGAUCCCGCUGUCUGCGACGAGUGUGCGCAGGAACGGGCCCAUCUGGCCUUGACAAGUUUUAUCUGGAGGAAGAAGACACAACUGCAGACUCGAACACCGAAGAGUAGACUAAACACACACCCGGGCCACGGAGAUCGCACCAGUUGGAUCUCCCAAAGUCGUCCCAGGCCCCUCUCUGGAUUUGGGAGGGAACAACUUGGUGAAGAUAUGCGGGUCACAGCAACCUGGGGUUGCCUUAGCAACGGCUGAGGAACGUGGAGUUACCCUGGCAACAGAUGAAAUGAGGGGUCACCCUGACAAAAGCGCUACAGGAACUCAUUUAGCAAGACCUCACUGUCCUUUUCCAGACAAGAUAGCUGCAGACACGAUGGGCCCAGUAUUAAUAUAAUAAAAACGGACAACGUUGUGUUGGGAGUCAGACAUUCUCCUGCCUCUUUGGUUCACACACAACGCUCGGAGCAUCCAUUUGCUCAAUAAACAUCGAUCCAUAUGCUGAUGGUGGUGUUCUCGUCGCCCACCUCAGCCACAGCUGUUUACAUUCACUCCAGUAGAGGAAGUGUGUAGAAUCUGUACUCAGAAAAAACAAUACGGUAACAAGGUUGGUACAAAACAGCCAUUUAAUUUUUUUAUCACUGUAUUAAAGUUAAACACAACACUA